CGACGCGUGAGAGGAGAGAGGAGCAAAGGACAAUGACGAGGGGCUGGAGGACAAGCGGCGGAGCAACGCAGAGCUGCCAUCUCCAGACUCAUCAAAUCAGCCCUCAUCUGGACGGUUCAUUCCAUCUGCUGCUGCUGAUCUGAUCUCUCUUCGGCUGGUCCAGAUCCACCAUCUCAUCGCAUCCCACCUGUGCAAAUGAAGUGCGGAAGCCUCAUCCUUCUUGCUGCUGCGGUGGGUGUGUCGGCUCAAUAUCCGUCGAGCUAUGGUGACAGCUGCCCUUAUGAGGCAAGGGAGGAGGUGCACUACCCGUGUCCUUACGGCUAUGACGAGAGGGGCGGCACGUGCGUCAAGAUGGGCUACACCACGCCAUACACAUACUGCCCACUGGUAAGGCCUCUCAGACCUCUUACACAGUUCCCUGCCUCAAACCGACACUCUUUUGGCUACCCUCCCUGCUAUUUUGUGUUCGUGUGUGUCGGGUGCAGGGCAUGGAGAGCACAGAUGAUGGUUGUGUCAAGUACAAGUACGCCAAGAAGGUGCCCUACUGCAAGACGGGCAAGUUCUCCGGCCUCAAGUGCGUUGACAAGGACAUCGUCGACGUGAAGGAGUACAAGUGCCCCUAUGGCUUCGAUCUGACCGACGACAAGACCAAGUGCUACACCCCGACUUACCACGAGAAGCUCUCCAAGUGCCCGGAGGGCUAUGGGUUUACUGACGACAAGCAGAAGUGCGUCAGGGAGGCAUUUGAUCAAGUGACGUACCAUUGCCCAGAGGUGAGCAGGGAAGGAACACCGCAGGAGGAGCGCUGUUUGUGGUCACUCUGACGUCCAUUCUUAUUAUCCGUCUGUUGCAGCACACGGAGCUCACCGAGGAGGGCUGCAAGGCCAUCACAUAUGAUGACAAAAAACCCGUCUGCUCGGAGGGCUAUGUAGAUGGCGAUAAGUGUGUCGUCGAGAAGUUCCUCCGCCCAAGCUACCGCUGCGGCGGGGACCUCUCCGUUCUCGAUCCUAUCAAAGACGAGUGCAUCACCACCAUUACACAGCCGUGCGGCUUCGAGGCAGUGACAGACGGCAGAAAUGUCAAGACGCAAAAGCACUGCAGCGAGACCAAGACAGUCAAGGCUAUCGCCGAGUGUACUGAUGGGUAUGAGCUGGAUGGUGAGAAGGGCCUCUGCGUCGGCAAGACACACUCUGGUGUCGAGUAUAAGUGCACUGACGGGUAUGAGCUGACUGAUGACGAGACCAAAUGCUUCGCCGUCGGAUACGAGGAGAAGAAGGUCAGGUGUGUGGAAGGCUAUGAGCUGACCGAUGGCACGGAUAAGUGCGUCAAGUAUGAGUACGUCGAUCUGGCAUACUACUGCCCUGAGGUGAGCCUGGAAGACAAAACAGUCACGCGCCUCUCCCAGCUCAUGCAAAUCGUGCAUGUCCCUCUCUUUGUGCGUUUCCAUCUGUUCAGCACACGAAGCUGACGGACAUGGGCUGCCAAACCGUCCACUACGCGAAGAAGCAGCCAUACUGCAACGACGGCGUGCUCGAAGGCGGCAAGUGUGUGGUCGACAAGGUCUACGCUAUCGACUACAAGUGCCCUGAUGCGUAUGAGCCGACUGAGGACAAUUCCAAGUGCUUCAAGAAAACAUACGCCGACAAGAGGUGAGGAAAGCCCCGCUGUCGCGCCAUCGAUCCCGUCAAGCACGCAAUGGUGUCUGUCUUCUUGUGCAGGUACUACUGCCCCUCUGGCUAUUCGUAUGACGCCGCUAAUGAGCAGAAGUGUGUGACAUACGAUUACGCACCACUGCAGAAGGAGUGUUUUGGUGAAGGGAAGCUGGUCUAUCUGCGAGAGUACGGCAUUCAUGUGUGCUGCAAUGCUGCCGCCUAAUAGAUACACCGAUGGAUGGAUGGUUCUGCCAUCUGUGACAAGUAGACAAGGAUAGUGUCCUGCCUGACUGUCUCGUUUUGGCCGGUGUGUGUUCGUUUCUCGCUGUGAAUAGAUGGCUGCCUCGUCUCUUCUGGGCGUUGUGCCUGUCGUGUGUUCAUGGCCUCGGGCCUGGCUAUUUUGAUUCAAUGCAUGCCAUUCAUUCUCUUAUACUUAUUUGUACAUCUAUGCAUUCUUCCUCAUGCAGCUUGUGCAUAGACAGCGGGCUGAGAGACAUGUGCUUGCUGUGCGCUUGGAAAUUCAUGGUGCUCGUAGACGAC